AUGCUACAACUAGUAUGCCCAAUCUCUACUGUCCAGCACGCCCAAAUCCUCGUCAUUGGCGGUGGCCCGGGCGGCAGCUACACCGCCUCUGUCCUCGCCCGCGAGGGCUUUGACGUCGUGGUCUUCGAGGCCGCAAAAUUCCCCCGGUACCACAUCGGCGAAUCCUUAUUGCCAUCCGUCCGCCACUACCUGCGCUUCAUCGAUGCUGAGGACAAAGUCGCUUCCUACGGAUUCGUCCCAAAGCCCGGAUCUGCCAUCAAAUUUAACCAAUUUAUGCAAGAAGGAUACACAGACUUCGUCGCCCUCGGUGCGACCAACAACGCCUGGAACGUCGUGCGUUCCCAAUUCGACCAUCUCCUGCUCAAGCACGCUGCCUCGUGCGGAGCAAAGGUCUACGAGCAAACUCGCGUCGUAGACGUCGCCUUCGAGGACGCGUCUACAGUGGAGUUUUCCAAUCCGCCCGCUUCGGAACUCGGCCGUCCGAAAAGCGUCGUCUACGAAACCGCUUUCGGUGCGAAACGCGAGAUCACCUUCGACUAUCUCGUAGACGCCAGCGGGCGCGCCGGCAUCAUGAGCACAAAGUACCUGAAGAAUCGCAAGUUCAACGCCUCGCUCAAGAACGUGGCUGUUUGGGGUUACUGGAAGAACACUGACAUGUACGGAGAAGGCACAUCUCGUCAGAACGCCCCGUUCUUCGAAGCAUUGAGUGACGAAUCUGGUUGGGCGUGGUUCAUUCCUCUCCACAAGGGCCUCACGUCUGUGGGUGUUGUCAUGGAUCAGAAACAACUCGGAAUUCGUUCCAGGGCAUCAUCCUCCGCCACCAACUCACCAUUGCCCGGCGGUCGUCGCCCGUCUAUCUCUGCGCGCACGGCUUCAACCCUGGCGGGGCGCUAUGUUUCCUUUCUCCAGCUUGCUCCGGGAGUUUUGGACCUCAUCGGCGAUGGGGAGCUUGUGGCCGUAAAGACGGACGAGGAUGACGGCGAGGAGGAACCACCCGUUGCUAGGAGCGCCAGCGACUACAGCUACUCUGCCACUGAGUACGCCGGUCCCGGCUUCAGACUCGUUGGUGAUGCUGGAGCGUUUAUCGAUCCAUUCUUUUCUUCGGGUGUUCAUCUUGCCAUGACCGGGGCGCUUUCUGCUGCCGCCUCGAUAGCAGCCUCCAUCCGGGGUCACUGCAGGGAAGCAGACGCUGCUCGGUGGCAUAGUAGCCGCGUCUCGCUCUCAUAUACGAGGUUCCUCAUUGUCGUGCUGAGUGCAUACAAGCAGAUCAGAGCUCAGUCAGUGAAUGUACUUGCCGACAUCCAAGAAAACAACUUUGAUAAGGCAUUUGCAUUUUUACGACCAGUCAUCCAAGGCGGCGCCGACAUGGGCACCAGGCUUUCGGAAGACGAGGUCCAACGCGCUCUCGACUUCUGCGUCCACCUCUUCGACCCCACAACGCCGGAACAACACGAGUCAGUCCGCCAAAAGCUGGAGAUCCUUCGCGCACCCGCCUCCCCAGGGGCGCCAUUCUCGACCAAGAGCGGCACCGACUCCGAUGUCUCCCGUUUGUUCGACGUCCGCGCGCCCUUGUUGGACCCGUCCGAGCUCGAGCAGCUCCUCCGUCGGCAGCUGCGGGUGCAGGUGCACGAAUGCGACUCCGCCCCGUCGACCCCGCCUUCCCCCCGUUCGGCGUACUUCCCGUCUUCCCCGCAGAGCCCGCGCAUCCCCGCGGCAAUCCCGGAGGCGGGCGCGGACCCGCAGUCGGAGAUCCGCAUGGUGCUGAACAAGGUCAACGCCCGUCGGGUGAUCCACGCCGAACAUGGGAAUGGGCUCAACAGUUUGGAAGAGGAGGAGCUCGGGGGAUACGUGCUGCGGCUCAAGAGGGGCGAGCUGGGCCUGCGGAAGGUGGAGCCGAGUCCAUAAAGAGGUCAAUCGACCGGUGUGGAUCUGUAAACGACUUCUCGCCUUUUAGGCUUUGUAUAUAAUGCGGUCGCUUCAAUGCACGGACUUCAUUCUAUAUCCUGGCGCCA